UCUAUUUGUCAAAAUAAUAAGUAUUCAAUAUAAAAAAAUGAAAAUAUCAACAAUGUGAAAAAGGCAAAUUCUAUUAAAUGUUUUUGAGCGGAAAAUCCAGCGUGGGUGAAAUAGGCCACCUCAUUCACGUAUACAACGCUUUUCUAUUCUUAAAAUUAGAAAAACAUGAAAAAAAGAGCAAAUAGCUAGGAAAAAAAUGCACGGGUCAUGAUCAAGGAAAGGGAAAAUGUAGGCGAAUCGCUAAUAUAGGCCGGCCAGUAGCAGACGUGAAAAACAGUGAAAUUACCCGCGAGCACCCUAAGAAGGGGUAUCUCUCCCGAUGGCCGGAACGAUUUUGUUUUUCAACACCCGGGGAUGUCAUUCUUCCAGAUUACUCUCUCCCGGCUAUCCCGAGGGGUGCUCUUGGCGGGAGGGACCAUGGAUAAUCGACCAACUAUAAGUUUCCCGACGCCUUUUCCACCCGAUCAGAGAUGUUUUCCUGUUCGGUUCUCGUGGUCCUCCUCGCUUGGAAAAUCGUCCACCUACCAGAAGCCAAUGGAUUGGUCGAAUCUAACGACACCAAAACCACAACAUCGCCUGUGGACGUUAAAAGGAUGAUGGACAUGCAAUGCAGGAAAGAAUAUUCGAUAACAUGCUUAAAGUUAGAUCUUGCAGCUCUUGUGCCAGGUUUAAGCGUUGCAAGAAAAUACAAACUGCUGCCUGGUCUAACACUUGAAUUUGGAGGAUUUGAAACCAAAGAGCCUGGAGGAAAACUGCCAUUAGAAGCUGCUGAACCGGUUUUGGAUAGGUACCUCAUCAAAGGUCUUGAUGCUUUUAUGAACUCUAUUGCUAUUCGGGUAAACGUGAUGGACAAAGCAGUAGCCGAGAGAGUGAACAACAUUGGUCACACAUUUGUCAGUGGCGUAGAAAAAUAUGAAGAUGAUUUCGGAAGAGGAAGGAAGAAAAAGAUCAACCAUGCACUUCUCAUGGGCGGUAUGAUUUCUGCUGGUACACUCCUCGCUCUGACAAUGUCUACUAUAUCUGCGAUGGCAGGGAAAGCCAUUUUGGUAUCUCUGCUUUCUCUUGCUUUAACUAUGAUGACAAACAAGGCGAAUGGAGGAGACAGCGGGGCUGCAGCUGGCAGCAAUGCAAAAACAACUUACGAAAUUAUUACGCACACAAUGCCCCAUGAUGAAUACACAAACAGACACUGGGCGCAGGGUUUCACAGAUGGUUAUAUAGUAAAAGCCACACCUCAUUCCUAAAAACUAUUUUUGUUUCAAUAAGGAAAUAAUAAGGCAAUACAAAAUGUUUGUACAUUUAGUUAACCUCAAAGAUGAUGUCUAUUGGUGGUUUUUUUCUGUUCACUUUGUUAUUUAUUCUUUCAUUAAUUUUGUUUAAUUCAUCAAAUUUCAACAGUAAUUCAUGAAAGGUUAUUUUAUAAAUUAUAUUACUAAAAAUUUAUUUUUGUACUGCAACGCCUAAUUUUAUGUACAAAUUGA